UGCUCGGUGUGUUAAACCGAGCGCCUGUGUGUUUGUCUCGCGUUGUGUGGACACAGCUGACCGCUGUCUGCGAGCAGGAAUAAACCAGGCUAGGCUAACAGCCCGGACAGUUAGCAGCCCACCGAGCGGGGGAACGGGUCGCACAAACCGAGCAGCACCGCGGAGACACCACCGCGGCGAGUCUUACUUCCACCCGACAAUGCAAACACCGAGUGUCGCAGCUAGCUAACGUUAGCGCCGUCCCCGCGGACCAUGGCAGAACCGAAGCGACGAUAGAGACAAGGCGACAUCGACAGGAAAGGGGUUAGCUUAGUUUCAAUGUUAUUGUCAAUUAAAAGCACAUUUGGUCACGAUGUCCUGCUCGGGGAACCUGGUCUGGGAUGUAAAUAAACGCCUGAUUGGAUACAGCGAACCCAACACCAUCAGGACCAACUACUUAGGUAGAAGAGAAUUUGUCCAGAGGCUUAAACUUGAAGCGACACUGAAUGUACAUGAUGGCUGUGUCAACACAAUAUCCUGGAACGACACAGGCGAAUACAUCCUGUCAGGAUCAGACGACACAUUUUUGGUUAUUACGAACCCAUACAACAAAAAG